AUGCAAGACCGCACACCUCGCGACUGUAAGAAUCCUGCUAAUCCUGUACUCCUACCUCGCGCGACAGUUUUGUACCACGCAAAUCUUAGCAUCAAGUCAAGAGGUAUUGAGUGCGCAAUAGGUCUUGAGAGUCGAAAGAGCGAAACGGGCUAG